AUGGCAGGAGCGGCAGCGCGUGCUUUCCUGCUCCUCCUGUGCCUCUCGGUCGGUUCCCUGUGCGGCGCGCUCGCGUUCACCGAGGAGCCCGGGGACAGGGCGCCCAAAUCGGACGGAUAUUGCGGCUGGAUCAUACGGGCGCACGGCGCGAGGAAGGAGCUGUACACCGAGUUUCGGCUCCGCGUUGAAGGAGAACCGGAGAGCUAUCAGCCCGGCAGCACUUACAGAGUGACUCUGUACACCACCAACCCUGCUUACUUCAGAGGCUUCACGCUCAUCGCUUUAAAGGAAGGACGGAACGGGGAGAAAGAGGAGGAUUAUGCUGGGAAUUUUCAGAUCAUUGAUGAAGAGGACACACAGUUUAUGACUAAUUGCCCCCCUGCUGUGACCGAGAGCACCCCUCGAAGAAGGACCAAAAUACAAGUCUUUUGGACAGCGCCCCCGUCAGGCAGUGGCUGCAUACUGCUCAAGGCGAGCAUCAUUCAGAGGAAGAUCAUCUCUUUCCAGGAUGAAGGUUCUCUCACGAAGCGACUGUGUGAGAAAGAGCCGCUAUAUGGCGAGGUCACUGAAAAACCUCUGCUGGAUUGCUGUGCCUGUGGAACGGCCAAGUACAGAGUCACCUUCUAUGGGAACUGGUCCGAAAAACUGCACCCCAAAGACUACCCCAGACGGGCCAAUCACUGGUCAGCCAUCAUUGGCGCGUCACACUCCAAGAACUAUGUGCUGUGGGAAUAUGGAGGUUACGCAAGUGACGGAGUCAAGCAGGUAGCGGAGCUUGGCUCGCCCAUCAAGAUGGAGGAAGAGAUUCGACAGAAGGGCGAUGACGUGCUGACGGUCAUUAAGAUGAAGGCGCAGUGGCCCGCGUGGCAGCCCCUCAACGUGCGAGCCGCUCCCUCAGCAGAGUUCUCUGUGGACCGAACUCGUCACCUCAUGUCCUUCCUGACCAUGCUUGGCCCGAGUCCAGACUGGAACGUGGGUCUCUCGGCUGAAGAUCUCUGUACGAAGGAGUGCGGAUGGGUGCAGAAGCUCGUCCAGGACCUGAUCCCAUGGGACGCCGGGACCGACAGCGGGGUCACCUACGAGUCUCCUAACAAGCCGACGCUUCCUCAGGAGAAGAUUCGUCCUCUUACGAGUUUGGAUCAUCCCCAGAGCCCGUUUUACGACCCAGAGGGCGGAGCUAUAACUCCGGUGUCCAGGCUGGUGGUGGAGAGAAUCGCCCGCAAGGGUGAGCAGUGCAACAUCGUGCCUGAUAACGUCGACGACAUCGUAGCAGACAUCGCUCAGGAGGAGAAAGAGGAAGACGACACUCCGGAGACGUGCAUUUACUCCAACUGGUCUCCGUGGUCGGCCUGCAGCUCCUCCACCUGUGAGAAGGGAAAGCGGAUGAGGCAGAGGAUGCUAAAGGCUCAGCUGGACCUGAGUGUCCCCUGUCCACACACACAGGACUUCGAGCCGUGUAUGGGGCCUGGCUGCAGUGACGAGGAUGCGUCGACGUGCAUGAUGUCCGAGUGGAUCACCUGGUCUCCGUGCAGCGUGUCGUGCGGAGCGGGCGUCCGGUCCAGGGAGCGCUACGUAAAGCAGUUUCCUGAAGAUGGUUUCGCCUGCACCCUCCCCACCGAGGAGACCGAACCGUGCACCGUCAACCAGGACUGCUCUCCUAGCAGUUGUCUUGUGACUGAAUGGGGUGAAUGGGACACCUGCAGCGCCACCUGUGGGCUGGGAAUGAAGCGCCGAGAGCGUAUGGUCAAAAUGCCUCCUUCUGACGGAUCGAUCUGCGAGGCUGAGGUGGUCGAGGUGGAGAAGUGCAUGAUGCCCGAGUGUCAUACCAUCCCGUGCCUGUUGUCUCCGUGGUCUGAUUGGAGUGACUGCAGUGUGACAUGUGGUAAAGGAACACGCACUCGGCAGCGCAUCCUCAAAUCGCCGGUGGAGCUGGGAGAGUGCAGCGAAGAGCUGGAACAAGUGGAGAAAUGCAUGCUGCCAGAGUGCCCUUCAGACUGUGUGAUGUCCGAGUGGUCCGAGUGGUCCGAGUGUAAUAAGUCAUGUGGGAAGGGUCACAUGAUCCGGACACGGGUGAUAAAGCUGGAGCCUCAGUUCGGGGGUGAGGCCUGCCCCGAUAUUGUCCAGAGGAAGAAGUGCAAGAUCAGGAAGUGUAAUCAAGGCAGCACCAAUAGCGAUGAGAGAAAGAAACGCAAAGAGGAAAGAAAGAAGAGGAAGAACAGCCAGGGCAGGGAGGAAUGGGUUGACGAGCUCGCAGGAUGCAAGAUGAAGCCGUGGUCCGACUGGAGUGACUGUACCAAGUUGUGCGGCGGGGGGAUCCAAGAGAGGCUAAUGACAGCCAAGAAGAGAUUCAAGAUCACACAGUUAACCAGCUGCAAGGACAGGAAGGAGAUCCGUGCCUGUAACGUCCAUCCCUGCUAAGUGUUGCUGGGGAUUGUGGGAAGGGACUCGAUGUGAUGAGGAUUGGUGGUCAGUGGUGAUCAGUGGUCUCUUUCAACCUGUUUAGGGUUGGCAGCAGUUUUUUUACUUUUUUCUUGUUUUUUUUUUGUUUUUUACUAGAAUGUAGUAUGGUGGUAAUUUGUCAUAUAAAAGAAAUGCAAAGCAAUGUUUAGAGUUGAUGUUAAAGUUCUGUUUGAUUUCUAAUUUCUAGUACGUUUCUAUCUGAAAGUGGCUUAUUAAAGUUCCGUUUUAAGUCGUAAGAUUUAGUCAUUAAAUUUACAUUGACGAUGCAUAUGACGGUACAUAAAAAAGGUCUUUUAUUUUUAUUUUCUCAGUCAGCAAAAAA